GAGCAAAACUUCUGGAAGACGUAGUGAAGCCAAGACAUCGCCAUGUUUCGCGUGAAGGAGAUCGAGGCGGCCCUUCGGGGCUGCAUCACGGAUGAGAUGAAGAAUAUCAUGCUGAUCCACGAGAGCGGCAGCAUCAUUGCCUCUGCGCAUCCAAAAGAGGUGGACCAUGCUGCAGUGAUGCUGUUGAGCAGCGCAGCCACUGAAUACAAGUGCGCCGAGCAGUACGUUGUGCCAGAGGAGAGGUCAGACUUCGAGGGCGUGAUCUUCUUCACCGAGAAAGCCCUGGUGGCCUGCCGAUGCUUUCUGUCUUGCACGGAGAGUUCGAUGAUGCUUCUGGCUGUGUGGUGCGAUGCGGCGGCCGCCCCAGCGCCGGGGCUGCUGCUUUCGCGGCUGGAGCUUCUGAAGGAUGAGCUGAAAUGCCUUGAGCCUUUGCUCAUGCACUCGGUGAACAAGAACUACUGAGCCGACGUUCUCUGGGCUGGGUCAGACUCGUGCAAGCUGGGGCUUGAGGUGUUUUUCCCGCGGUUGUUCAAC